AUGUCAGAUAACACCAUUAGUCGUCGUAUAUCUGAUAUGUCUCAAGACGUUGAGUCACAAGUGAUAGCUAGCAUUAAAGAAGCCAAAUGUUUUGCCAUCAAGUUGGACGAGUCAACGGACAUCACUGGAAAAGCUCAACUCUUAACAUUCAUCAGGUUUGUUUGUAAUGAAGAAAUAACUGAACAAUUUUUAUUUUGCAAACCACUUCCAGAAACAACAAGAGGCCAAGACAUUUUUGAGGAUGUCGUCAGCUAUUUCAGUUCUUACGAUUUGUCCUGGAAAUCAUGCAUAAGCAUCUGCACGGAUGGUGCCCCCUCUAUGUCGGGAAGCCUAAAAAGAUUCAUCUCACUGGCCAAACUAAAGAACCCUGGCAUUGUUUUCACACACUGUUUCCUGCACAGAGAGGCCCUCAUUUCAAAAUCAGUAUUACCUGAACUCCAGAAAGUAUUAGAUGAGACGAUCAAAAUAGUUAACUAUAUCAAAAGUAAGCUAUUAAAAUCAAGGUUGUUUUCAACACUGUGUUCUGCCAUGGAAUCUGCUCACACACAACUUCUACUACACACAGCAGUGAGGUGGCUGUCUCGAGGGCGCGUGCUUUCGUGGUUUUAUGAACUAAGGGAGGAGCUUAUAUUUUUGACAUCAGAAGAGUUUGAACUGGCUGACCUGCUUAGUAAUGAAACCUGGUGCAAUGAAGUUGCAUUCCUGGCUGAUAUAUCCCAAGCCUUGAACACUCUUAAUAAGAGUAUGCAGGGAAAGAAUGAAAAUAUUCUGACUUGUACUGACAAAGUUAGCUUUUUUAAGGAAAAACUAACACUGUGGGGAGCCAGAAUAAAAAAAGAGAACAAAGUUAAAAUGUUUGAACUGACAAAAGGUUGCAGACUGGACAAAAAUCUUGUCAGUUUAAUUUUACAAAGUUUGUCGGUAAGUGCGUGCGAGUCAGCAGGAUUAACUGUUGCCGAAGAGGAUGAGCUGACGGAAACCAGAAACGACAGAGGACUGAAACUGAAGCAACUAUCAACAGAUAUGACUUCAUUCUGGUUGUCCAUUCGAGAGGAAUACCCCAUCAUUACAAAGAAGGCAAUUGAAGCACUUCUUCCUUUCUCCACAUUGUAUCUGUGUGAAGCUGGUUUCUCUGCUAUGAACACAAUGAAAAGCAAGAACAGGUCGCAGCUUCAAACACUGGAGGAGGACUUGAGGGUAUGCCUGUCAACCAUUUGA